GAGUAGGGGGCGGUAGUCGGGGGUGGUGGGAGAAGGAGGAGGCGGCGAAUCAUUUAUAAAUGGCGCCCAAGCAAGACCCCAAGCCUAAAUUCCAAGAGGGUGAGCGAGUGCUGUGCUUUCAUGGGCCUCUUCUUUAUGAAGCAAAGUGCGUAAAGGUUGCCAUAAAGGACAAACAAGUGAAAUACUUUAUUCAUUACAGUGGCUGGAAUAAAAAUUGGGAUGAAUGGGUUCCAGAAAGCAGAGUACUCAAAUAUGUGGACACCAAUCUGCAGAAACAGCGAGAACUUCAAAAGGCCAAUCAGGAACAGUAUGCAGAGGGCAAGAUGAGAGGGGCUGCUCCAGGAAAGAAGACAUCUGGUCUGCAGCAGAAAAAUGUUGAAGUGAAAACAAAAAAGAAUAAGCAAAAAACACCUGGAAAUGGAGAUGGUGGCAGUACCAGUGAGACCCCUCAGCCUCCUCGGAAGAAAAGAGCCCGGGUAGACCCUACUGUUGAAAAUGAAGAAACAUUUAUGAACAGAGUUGAAGUUAAAGUAAAGAUUCCUGAAGAGCUGAAACCAUGGCUUGUUGAUAACUGGGACUUGAUCACCAGACAGAAACAGCUGUUUUAUCUUCCUGCCAAGAAGAAUGUGGAUUCCAUUCUGGAGGAUUAUGCAAAUUAUAAGAUCAAGGAGUAUGCUGUUAAUGAAGUUGUGGCAGGGAUAAAGGAGUACUUCAAUGUAAUGUUGGGCACUCAGCUACUCUACAAAUUUGAGAGACCACAGUAUGCUGAAAUUCUUGCAGAUCAUCCUGAUGCACCCAUGUCCCAGGUGUAUGGAGCACCACAUUUACUGAGAUUAUUUGUACGAAUUGGAGCGAUGUUGGCCUAUACACCUCUGGAUGAGAAAAGCCUUGCUUUAUUACUGAAUUAUCUUCAUGAUUUCCUCAAAUACCUGGCAAAGAAUUCUGCAACUUUGUUUAGCGCCAGCGAUUACGAAGUGGCGCCUCCUGAGUACCAUCGGAAAGCUGUGUGAGCAUUUGCUCUCACUGCUUGUGUUUGGAUCAGUAAACACAGUUUGGUUCUUAGUCCUUCUCUUGUACAAACAAUGUACUUUGAAGAUGUUAGUGUAACAGAAUUGCUGUUUGUUUUCUGUUUGAUUUUAAACAGAGAAAAUAAAAGGAGUCACUGCUCCUUUUCUCUUUUUUUCUCUUUUCUUUUUCUUCAUUUCAAAAUUUCUACCAGUGUACUCAGUGAUGGACAACAGAGACAUGCCGUAGAGCGUUUAUUGCCUAGUUGACAAAGCUGCUUUUGAAUGCUGGUGGUUCUGUUCCUUUGACACUACGCACUUUUAUAAUAUGUGUUAAUGCUAUAUGACAAAAUGCUCUGAUUCCUAGUGCCAAAGGUUCAAUUCAGUGUAUAUAACUGAACACUCAUCCAUUUGUGCUCUUUUUUUUUUUUAAAUGGUGCUUAAAGAGCCCAUCCUUUGCAAGUCAUCCAUGUUGUUCUUUAGGCAUUUUAUCUUUGCUCAAUUGUUGAAGAAUGGUGGCUUGUUUCAUGGUUUUUGUAUUUGUGUCUAAUGCACGUUUUAACACGAUAGACGCAAUGCAUUGUGUAGCUACAGUUUUAUGGAAAAGUAAAUCUUGUAGGAGUUGUUUUUCAGAUCUUCAAUAAAUGUUUUCUUUAAAUUUCAAAAAAAAAAAAAA